ACAGGUUCUGGCGCGUCCUGAUGACGUUUCUUUCGCUGUGUUGUUGCAGACCGCGAGAGACCGAGGCCUCGGUUCUGGAAUAUCAGGAUAGACUGGCAAUACUGACACGCAGGUGACCACGAGUUAGAGGAACAGAUGGAGGUGUUUUCUUGGUGAAAUGGCGGAGCAGGGUAACCAAAGCUUCUCCCAGAAUCCAUUCACCGCCCUCUUUGGCUCAUUAGCUGAUGCUAAGCACUUUGCUUCAAUACGUAAGCAGCAGGAAGACUCAGAUACAUCAGGUGGCAGCCGUGAAGAAUCUGACAAUUCUGAGAGCAUUGAGGAGAAUGACGAUUCCGUUUCCGAGGUCAGCUGUUCCUUUCGUUCCCAACAGGAGCUGUGCGAACAACUCAACAUCAAUCACAUGCUGCAGCGGGUCUUCCUCAUUACACUGGAUAACAGUGAUCCCAGUCUGAAGGGAGGCAAUGGAAUCCCCCCACGUUGUGUCUAUUUGGAGGAGAUGGCAGCAGACUUGGAUGGACAGGACUGGCUGGAUAUGGACAACAUACAACAGGCUCUCUUCACCCGGCUGCUGUUACUGGAGCCUGGGAAUCAUCUGAUCUACAUGACUUCCCCAGGCACCCUGAACCUGUCUGCUGAUCGAGAUGCAGGAGAGAAAUGCAUUGUCCACUACCUAUAUGCUUGCUUCCAGAGAGCCAAAGAAGAGAUUACCAAAGUCCCAGAAAAGCUGCUACCUUACGCCGUCCGCUGUAAGAACCUGACUGUGUCCAACGUCUGCACUGUCCUUCUCACGCCAGAGAUAUACAUCAACCAGAAUGUCUAUGAACAGAUGGUAGACCUACUUUUGGAAGCAGUCAAAGGGGCCAGCCUAGAGGAAGUCUCUCAAUUCUUAGAUGAGGUAGUGGUAACAUUGCUGGCUGACCAGGAGGUACGGACUUUCAAGGAGGUGAUGGUGCCAAUCUUCGAGAUACUGCAUAACCGAGUACGGGAUCUAGAGUUGUGCCAACUACUUCUGUACUCCUAUCUUGACAUUCUUGUGUUCUUUAGCCAGAAAGAAUGCAUUGCCAAGGUCCUUGUCGAGUACAUCCAGCCUAGAGAUCCUGGCAAUGCCAUUCAAUACCAAAAGACCUUGCUGGGCACAGUCCUCAAUAUCUCCUGUCUUCUGAAGACUCCUGGCGUAGUAGAGAACCAUGGUUACUUCCUGAACCCAUCACGCUGCAGCCCACAAGAGAUGAAGGUUCAAGAAGCCAACAUUCACCAGUUUAUGACUAAGUUUCAUGAGAAGCUGUUCCAGAUAAUGAAGAACUUAUUCCAGCUGUCUCCAGACACACGGCACCUGCUUCUCACUUGGCUGGGAGGCUGUCUACAUGCCAAUGCAGGUCGAGCCAAAAUCUGGGCCAAUCAGAUAUACGCUUCUGAUGCCCUCUUUCUUAACCUGGGUGCAGUACUGCUGAGGCUUUGCCAGCCUUUCUGCCGCCUGAAUUCCCACAAGCUGCUAACCUUUGACCCCACCUACUGUGCCGUUAAAGAGCUGAGCGAGGAGGAUCGGAGGAGUAGAAAUGUGCAUAUGAAAGGACUGGACAAGGAGACCACAUUGAUUCCGCCAGCCUCACACCAGAAACCAGCUUUUACGGAGUCAUACAAUUUGCUGACGGAAAACCUCAUCCUCACACAGUAUGCCCUUCACCUGGGGUUCCACAGGCUCCAUGACCAGAUACUCAAGAUGAACCAGUCUCUCCAUCGCCUGCAAGGUGUAUGGCGUGAGGCCCAGCAGAGCUCCAGCCCUGCAUCUGAGCAGCUUCGAGAGCAGUUUGAGCGCCUCAUGACCAUUUACCUGUCUACCAAGGCAGCGGCCACGGAACCCCACAUGCUGCAAAACUGCCUUAAUCUCCAAGUGUCCACUGCCAUGGUGCUGGUGCAGUUUAGUCUGGGAAACCAUGGGCCCGAGUUUGUACCCCUCACCUUCCCACUGCAGCCCAUUGACAACAGCCUGCUGUGCUUUGUGCCAGAGUUCUUUGCUGACAAUAUUGGUGACCUCUUCAUCUUCCUGCGGCGCUUUGCAGAUGAAGUCCUGGAAUCAUCGGCUGAGUCGCUGGAGCAGGCGCUCCACUUCAUCUCUGUGUUCAUGGGCAGUGUGGAGAGGAUGAAGAACCCACACCUUCGAGCCAAACUUGCUGAAGUACUGGAGGCUGUGAUGCCCCACCUGGAGCAGGUGACCGGACCCACCCUGACCAGCAUGUACCAACGGGAGCGAGCCUUCUGCUCUUACCAGUAUGCAGCCCAGCUGGCCGAGGCACUGAUUGUCGUUUUUGUCGACAUUGAGUUCACAGGGGAUCCUCACCAGUUUGAGCAGAAGUUCAACUACCGCAGGCCAAUGUACCCCAUCUUGAAGUACAUGUGGGGAAAAGAGAACUAUCGUGACAGCAUAAAGAGCCUGGCAGAUUAUGCAUCCGAGAACCUGGAAGCCAUGAAUCCUCCACUGUUCCUGCGCUUUCUCAACUUGUUGAUGAAUGAUGCCAUCUUCUUGCUGGAUGAAGCCAUUCAGUACUUGAGCAAGAUCAAGAUCCUCCAAAUUGAGAGAGACCAGGGCGAGUGGGACCUGCUGGCACCUGACGCUCGCAGGGAGAAGGAAUCCAGCCUUCAGAUGUUUGCUCAGCUCGCUCGCUUUCACAACAUCAUGUCCAAUGAGACCAUUGGGACCUUGGCCUUCUUGACCUCUGAAAUCCGUGGUUUGUUUGUGCAUCCAUUUUUGGCAGAGAGGAUCAUCUCCAUGCUGAACUACUUCCUGCAGCAUCUGGUGGGGCCCAAGAUGGGGGCCCUGAAGGUGAAGGACUUCAGCGAGUUUGACUUCAAGCCUCAGCAGCUCGUGUCGGACAUUUGCACCAUCUACCUGAACCUCGGCAACGAGGAGAACUUUUGUGCCACUGUACCCAAGGAUGGCCGCUCUUAUUCUCCGACUCUUUUCGCUCAGACGCUGAGGGUACUGAAGAAGAUCAACAAGCCGGGUGACAUGAUUGUGUCCUUUGGCCUGCUGGCUGAUAAGAUCAAGUCUCUUGCUGACCGCCAGCUGCAAGAGGAGGAGACCUACGCCGAUGCCCCUGAUGACUUCCUCGACCCCAUCAUGAGUACAGUUAUGCUGGACCCUGUGCUGCUGCCUUCUUCCCGUGUCACUGUUGACCGAUCCACCAUCGCCCGCCAUCUGCUCAGCGAUCAGACGGACCCUUUCAAUCGUAGCCCCCUCACCAUGGACCAGAUUCGGCCCAACAGCGAGCUGAAAGACCGGAUACAGAGGUGGCUGGUGGAGCGCAAAGAACAGCGGCAGCGUAUGGAGCAGAGCUCAUAGAGUUAUGGGUGCGUAGCUGUGCCACCCCGACCGCGCCACCUGCAACGCACUCGUCACGUAAUGUGGUCAUGGGUGGGCGGGCUUUAAGACAAACAAAGAAUCGUGAUUGGCUGGACCAUAUGUUUCAAUGUGUACAAAAUAAAAUUGUAAAGAAGGGUGA